UUCCCUGCCCAGGCUUCGCCAAGGGCGGGGGGGUGCGCUGCAAGGGGCCAUCGCGCAAGUGCGGCCCCGGCCUCCGCCGCAAACGGCCGGCCUCAUCUGGGGCCGGGGACUCCUGGAGGAGGCACGCCAACUGGCGCAUCGGGCGGUCCUGGCGUCCCUGCCUUUCCCAUCGCCCGGCUCCGAGACUCGCCGCCUCUGCCGCCCUGCCCGCGGGUGUGCGGUCGCUUCCCUCCGCUCCCCGUUAUUCUUUGCAGACGCUCCCCGGCGCCGGGCAUGGGCGCCGCCGCCGCCGCUGCCGUCGGUCCUCCGGCCGGAUUCCGCGCGCGGGUGGUGCCCCUGAGGCUCUCAGCUGCUGGGGUCCGCAGGAGGCCGCACCAUGAAUGAGCGAAACAUUAGCCGGAGGAGGACAGGUGAGGAACUGGACCUUGCUCCACCCUUGGUCCCACAGCUGCUGCCCGUUGUCCCUGCCCUUUCCUCUCCAGGGCUGCGUGGUUGGGGGCUGGUCCGAGGCUCCUUGGGACUUCCCUGGGGUGACCCCGGCCUCUUUUUUCCAGUGAAGAAGGACAAUGAGGCCUUCGAGAUUUCCAUCCCCUUCGACGAGACGCCCCACCUAGACCCACAGAUCUUUUACAGUCUGAGCCCCUCUCAGGGAAACUUCGAGGAGCCUCCGGGGGCUGCGUCCCCGACUGUGGCCCUGAUGAACGGUGUUAGGGCCCAGCUGCACAUGGCCCUGGAGAGGAACUCAUGGCUGCAGAAGCGCAUUGAGGACCUGGAGGAGGAGAGGGACUUCUUGCGGUGUCAGCUGGACAAGUUCAUCUCCUCUGCCCGCAUGGAUGCAGAGGACCACUGCCGGCUGAAGCCUGGGCCCCGGAGGGCUGAGGGGGACGGCAGAGGCGGGGCUGGGGGCGAAGCCUCAGACCCCGAGUCGGCUGCCUCCUCACUCAGCGGAGCAUCUGCACAAGGCAGUAACGGGGAGAGGAAGAGGCAGAAGCAGAAAGGGGGCACUGGCCGGAGGCGCUUCGGGAAGCCCAAGGCCCGAGAGAGGCAGCGGGUGAAGGACGCCGACGGUGUGCUCUGCCGCUACAAGAAGAUCCUGGGCACCUUCCAGAAGCUGAAGAGCAUGUCUCGAGCCUUCGAGCACCACCGAGUGGACCGCAACACGGUGGCGCUGACCACGCCCAUCGCGGAGUUGCUCAUCGUGGCCCCCGAGAAGCUGGCGGAGGUGGGCGAGUUCGACCCCUCCAAGGAGCGUCUGCUCGAGUACUCGCGCCGCUGCUUCCUGGCCCUGGACGAUGAGACCCUCAAGAAGGUGCAGGCCCUCAAGAAGAGCAAGCUGCUGCUUCCCAUCACUUACCGCUUCAAGCGGUGAUUCCGCCCCACCUGGCCCGGGACACGCCCCCGGCCCCUCUUUCCCUCCCCCUCCGCUCUCCCGGCAUUGGUCAAGCGUGUGUAGGAGUGGUGGGCCCUCACGAGGGCAUGGGGGCGGAUGGGUGGCCUGUUUCUGCGCGUGCCUCUCUCCCUCCCCUCCUGCGGACCGCCACCCCCUUCCCGGGUCCCUUGUAUAUAGAUCUGCCCCUUUGCCUCUCUCAUUCUUAGCAUCCUCCCCGUCCUCCGCAUUCCCUGGGGUGGGGGCGGUCCAAGAACUACUGUCCAGGGGCCGGUUUCUGCCCUUUCCUAAACACUGGCACCCCCUCCCACCUGAGCGGCACCGUCCUGCCGUCACCCGGCCCUUGCUCCUGGGAAAACUGCGGGACUGCGAGGCGAGGGCACUGUACAUACCCCGUUGCCGCCCCCAGCCCCAAGGAGAGGCUGGCCCACCUGCCCGCCCUGCAAGGAGCUCCCAAACCGCGUUCCGGGACCGCCUCGAGUCCACGUGAAACAGAUAAUUAUUAAAUGAAUUUAAAUUAAAAAGAGAUGAUAAA